GAACGGGGGGGAAAGGCGGGGCAACUGAGAGGCGCCUUUGCCAAAGUUAGUUCUAGACAUAACCCCUACCUACCCUGAGGAAUCCAGUGAGGAAACUGACGCGGGACGAAGGAGGAUAUUUCAUUCAAGCGUCUCUCAUAAACAGAGUACCAUAAAAAAAAUUUAUCCCGCCACGCCGAAGUCUGGAACGCGCGCGCACGCGCAGUCGUUCUCGCGACAGCAGCUCGGCGAGCAAGAGAGGCGGCUUCUGAUUUGUCGGCUGUUCCGGCGCGCGGGCCUCCGUAAGCGUUUCCAGGAGCUGCGGCGGUGAUUAGGGUCGUGACCCCGGAAGUGCUGUGUCCCGGCGACUUUGUGAGGGAGGAGAGCGGCUGUCGGAGCCGGGACGCGGAGAUGGCGAGAUAGGUGACCGGGGUCCGGAUCUUUUCUCCCUUGAAAAUGGCCACCCCUUUCACUGGUCCCACAGCAGUUUCUGAUGUAAUUAAAGACCUAGAUACUCAAAUAGCUCUGAUUGGUUUAGGCCCUCACACUCCCAAGAAGAAGCAAGACUUCGACAAACUCUAUGAUCUGAAGGCUAAAGCCCAGCAGAUUAUGAACCAGUUUGGUCCAUCUACCUUGAUCAACUUAUCCAAUUUUUCCUCAAUCAAGCCGGAACCUGCUAGUACUCCCCCACAGAGCUCCAUGGCAAACAAUACCACUGUGGCAAAGAUGCCAGGAACUCCUAGCAGUGGGGGACGUCUCAGUCCUGAAAGCAGCCAGAUCUUAACCAAGAAGAAACUGCAGGAUCUUGUUCGGGAGGUGGAUCCAAAUGAGCAACUGGAUGAAGAUGUAGAGGAGAUGCUGCUGCAGAUUGCUGAUGACUUCAUUGAAAGUGUGGUGACAGCUGCCUGUCAGCUCGCACGGCACCGCAAAUCCAACACCCUGGAAGUGAAAGAUGUCCAGUUACACCUUGAGCGCCAGUGGAAUAUGUGGAUCCCAGGUUUUGGUUCUGAAGAAAUCAGACCAUAUAAAAAAGCCUGCACUACUGAAGCUCAUAAACAGAGAAUGGCACUGAUCCGCAAAACAACCAAGAAAUAACGCCAGGGAAAGGCAGGAAAUAAAAAUGGCUCUUCUGGGACUAGGAAAAAGAAAUCUGCCUCUAAACUGUGGCAUCUGUGCCAUCAUCUGUGGGAUGGUUUACGCUUUACAGAGAGGCAUGUAUUUAAUGGUGCAGCAAUAUCUGACUUGGAGGGGAGAUAUGCCCAAAGCAUUAGCCCUGCCCGCCUCUCCCCAUCCCCAGUCUCUUUCCCCCCAAAGAACACAAUAUAUGAAACACCAACUUUCUUUUUGUGACUUCAACAGUGAUUUAUGGUGUCCAGGAUUAUCCAAGGGACAGAUUAUCUUGGUAUUCUGGGGAACAGUAUUAGAAGCAGCUGUAGAUGUUUUUGUUUCCCUUUAACUCUUUGUAAUGUCAGUGUUUAGAUUUAUUUUACAAGUAAAGAAAUUAUGAAUCUAAAACCAGGUCACAGUGUUGGCACCAGUUGUGAAAAACACGUUACUGAGGGCACCGAGGCUGGAGCAAGAGACUGGGCCAGUCUUCAAAUAUCUCUUCAAAACCAACUUAUUUCAUGGCUAUACAGCAAGCUGGAAAGAAGUUGAAUUUUUUUUUAAAUUCCAGCUAUUUUGAUCUCAAAGAACCCACCUAUAACAAGGCCCAGAGCAAAAGUUCUGGUAGGAUGAUUGUUCAGAACCCAGUAGAUUCUGUUUACCAACUAAAAAGCGAAGGAAAUCAAGGCUUGUGGUUAUAUUGUGGGCAUCUAUACUUUAUGGCUCAUUAAUGUUUCCUGCAACAGAGUGGGAAGCAGUUUCAAACAGCCCAACCAACCUUCUCCUUCAGUGUCAGAUCUCAAAAUCAAAAACACAUUCAAGUGUAUAAAUGGAGUUAGUCAGCCAUAAUGCCUUCCCAGAAGCAUUUGAUGCUUGAAUAGGAGAUUGACAUUAGUGUACCCAGCCUACAGUGCUGACCAUUUAUAGCAUAACCAGCUGUUAAUGUGCCUGCGCGAGUGAACUCUCUCCACUUGUACAUGCUCUUGUUGUAAAAGUCUGGGUCAUGCUUGCAGAAGCAGUCUCACCAAGCCUUUGCAUCCAAACCUUUCAUGUCCUUUUGAAUCUUCCUACAGUUAUCUACAGGUGUGUAAUCACAUGGGAAGAUCGCGUAGCCCUCUUGUCCCAUGUGCCGCCAGUGGGAGCUGACUGUCUUCUUACUAUGUGCAUGUGUGUUAGAUGACAGCGGUCACGGUGGUGUAUGGAGAGAUCUCUCUCUUUUCUAAGCCUACGUACGUAAAAUAUCCUACCUACAUUCACCUUUAGGAAGCUGUAAGAACUCUCAUCCUGAUCAUCGGGCUAGUCUAAUCUGAUCUGUUCCAGCCAGCACCAUGACUCUGAUAAUGAAUAACCAAAUUUCCUUAUCCAGACGGUGCUCUGAAAUUUUUGUGUUUCCUGUUUUCUCAUUUAACUUGGUUUCCACAAAGGAGACCUGCCUUAUGAUAUGUUAAUAAAAUGUUGCUAUAAACCAUCUCACAUCAUACAGUUUUGCUAGAAAACCCCAUACAAGCAGAAGAUCAUGCACUUUGUUACCUUAAGUUCACCUGUGCAGUAACUCCACCAGGUGGUUCUUUCUGGUAAUGUGCUUCGAAGUAAAGACAAAAGUACAAUCCAGUUGUAUGUGUGUGAAAUACAGUUGUUUGGGAGUGGCCAUGUGCACUUAAAAUGCUGCUCAAGUUUAAAAAAAUGGUUUUGCCGUCUCAAAAGCAAAACAGAAUUUCAGAACGAUGUUAAUGUAUUCAGCAUUGUCUAACUAUAUUUUUGCCUCAUGAAAACCAGCAGAGCAGCUGGAGCCUUCAUUUUUCGGACGUACGUAAUCAAAGCCCUUGUUAAGGUGGAGAAGGCUUUAUGUUCUGGAAUAUCACACUUGCUUCAAUUAGUGCUCUGCUUUUUCCUUUCUUUUUUUGUAAUUGUGAUAUGCAAAUACAGAAUUAGUAUUCUGAGAGUAUCUUGAGUUCUCUUUAAAAAAUAAAAACAAGUUUCUAAAAA